AUGGCACCUUAUGAGGCACUAUAUGGGAGGAAAUGCAGAUCUCCUAUUGGCUGGUUUGAUGUUGGCGAGACAAAGUUGCUAGGACCUGAAUUGGUACAACAAGCUGUAGAAAAGAUUGUUCAGAGAAUUGGGCGAGUAGCCUACAAACUUGACCUGCCACCAGAAUUAGAAGCAAUCCAUCCGGUAUUUCACAUUUCCAUGCUUCAGAAAUUCUUAGGUGAUCCUUCUUGCAUUAGCCCUAUUGAGGAUAUUGAUGUUUCCGAGAACUUGUCAUAUGAAGAAAUACCUGUUGCCAUUCUUGACCAUCAAAUCUGUAAGUUAUNCAGCCCUAUCGAGGAUAUUGAAGUUUCUGAGAACUUGUCAUAUGAAGAAAUACCUGUUGCCAUUCUUGACCGUCAAAUCCGUAAGCUACGGACUAAAGAGGUAGCCUCAGUAAAAGUACUUUGGAGGAGCAAUAAUGUAGAGGAAAUGACAUGGGAGGCCGAGGAGGACAUGAAGUCCAGAUACCCCCAUUUAUUUGAGUCUUCAGGCGAUAUGCUUGAGACAAAUAUGGCAGGUGUUGCACAUAUAUCAACCAGUGACAGUUGA